CCGGGCUAUAACUCGGAGCGGGCGGCUGCGCUCCCUGCAGAGAGCGUGUGGAGCGCGGAUUGCAGCGUCGCGGGCGGAGGAGGCGCUUCGGAGGGGAGUUUCCAAGAUCCGCACAUUGGAACUUCGGCCCCAACCUGGUCUUUCUUGCCAGGUUCUGCCUCUUGGCCCAGCGCGUGGGAUCUCAUUUUCCAGGGCAGGAUAGGUUUGAACGUUGCAGGUGCUUCCUUGUGGCAGCUUAGGAUGAUGGAUCAAGCCAGAUCAGCAAUCUCUAACUUGUUUGGUGGAGAGCCAUUGUCAUACACCCGGUUUAGCCUUGCUCGGCAGGUAGAUGGAGAUAGCAGUCAUGUGGAGAUGAAACUGGCUGUAGAUGAAGAAGAAAAUGCUGACAAUAACAUGAAGGCUAGUGUCAGAAAACCCAAAAGGCUUAACGGAAGAGUCUACUUUGUGACUGUUGCAAUCGUCAUCUUCUUCUUGAUUGGAUUUAUGAUCGGCUACCUGGGCUAUUGUAAACGUGUAGAGAAGGACAAUUGUGUGAAACUGGCAGAAACUGAGACAGGCGAGCCAGAAACCAUUUCCGAGACAGAAGAAGAUGUUCCCAAACCUUCUCGCUUGUAUUGGGCGGACCUCAAAAAACUGUUGUCAGAGAAACUGGACACCAUAGAGUUUACUGAGACCAUCAAGCAGCUGAGCCAGAAUACAUACACCUCUCGUGAGGCUGGAUCUCAAGAAGAUGAAAAUCUUGCCUAUUAUAUUGAAAAUCAGUUCAGUGAAUUUAAACUCAGCAAAGUCUGGCGAGAUGAACAUUAUGUGAAGAUUCAAGUGCAAGGCAGAGUUGCUCAAAACUCUGUGACCAUCAUGAAUUCAAAGGGUAGCCCGUACCUCCUGGAGAACCCUGAUGGUUAUGUGGCAUAUAGUAAGGCUGCAGAAGUUACUGGUAAACUGGUCCAUGCUAAUUUUGGCACUAAAAAAGACUUUGAAGAAUUAAAUUAUGCUGUGAAUGGAUCUUUAGUGAUUGUUAGAGCAGGAGAAAUCACUUUUGCAGAAAAGGUUGCAAAUGCCCAAAGCUUUAAUGCAAUUGGUGUCCUGAUAUACAUGGACAAGAAUAAGUUCCCUAUUGUUAAAGCAGACCUUCCAUUCUUUGGACAUGCUCAUCUAGGAACUGGUGACCCAUAUACACCUGGCUUUCCCUCUUUCAAUCAUACUCAGUUUCCGCCAUCUCAGUCGUCAGGGUUGCCUAAUAUACCUGUGCAAACAAUCUCAAGACAGGCUGCAGAAUACCUAUUUGGAAACAUGGAAGGAACGUGUCCUUCUAAUUGGAAUAUAGAUUCAUCAUGUAAGCUGGAAUUAUCACAGAAUCAAAAUGUUAAGCUCGUUGUGAAAAACGAAUUGAAAGAAACAAGAAUACUUAACAUCUUUGGACUUAUUAAAGGUUUUGAGGAACCAGACCGUUACGUUAUAGUAGGAGCCCAGAGAGAUGCCUGGGGCCCUGGUGCUGCAAAGUCUGGUGUGGGAACAGGUCUUCUGUUGAAACUUGCCCAAGCCUUCUCAGACAUGGUUACAAAAGGUGGGUUUAAACCCAGCAGAAGCAUUAUCUUUGCCAGCUGGAGUGCAGGAGACUUUGGAGCUGUUGGUGCCACUGAGUGGCUAGAGGGAUACCUUUCAUCUCUGCAUUUAAAAGCUUUCACUUAUAUUAAUCUGGAUAAGGUUGUCCUUGGAACUAAGAACUUCAAAGUUUCUGGCAGCCCACUAUUAUAUGCACUUAUGGAGAAGACAAUGCAGGACGUAAGGCAUCCGAUUGAUGGGAAAUCUCUAUAUCGAGACAGCAAUUGGAUCAAUCAAGUUGAGAAACUUUCCUUUGACAAUGCUGCUUUCCCUUUUCUUGCAUAUUCUGGAAUACCAGCAGUUUCUUUCUGUUUUUGUGAGGAUGAGGACUAUCCUUACUUGGGCACCUCUUUGGAUACCUACGAUGAACUGAUUCGGAAAGUUCCUGAGCUCAACCAAAUGGUUCGUGCGGCAGCAGAAGUAGCUGGUCAGCUCAUUAUUAGACUUACCCAUGACAUUGAACUGGGCCUGGACUAUGAUAUGUAUAACAACAAAAUACUAUCAUUUGUGAAGGACCUGAACCAGUUCAAAGCAGAUAUCAAGGAGAUGGGUCUCAGUCUGCAAUGGCUGUACUCUGCUCGUGGAGACUACUUCCGAGCUACAUCUAGGCUCACUACUGAUUUUCACAACACUGAGAAGACAAACAGGUUUGUCAUGAGGGCAAUCAACGACCGGAUCAUGAAGGUGGAGUAUCACUUCCUGUCACCCUAUGUAUCUCCAAGAGAGUCUCCUUUCCGACACAUCUUCUGGGGCUCUGGCCCUCACACUCUCUCAGCGCUAGUGGAGAACUUGAAGCUUCGUCAAAGGAAUAUUAGUGCUUUUAAUGAAACAUUCUUCAAAAACCAGUUGGCUCUAGCUACUUGGACUAUUCAGGGAGUUGCAAACGCCCUCUCUGGUGACAUUUGGGAUAUUGACAAUGAGUUUUAAAUUUAACGUGCAUAAUUAAAUAAGAGCAGGGUAGUUUAUUUCUAGACUUGUGCUGGUUGUACUCAAUUUUCAUUAGAGCUCUAAAAUCUAAUGUUAAAAUUCUACCCAAUCAUCUGAUGUGUUUAGGCAGCAGCUUUUAGUGCAGGAUUGGACCUCACUUCAAGUUACUUUCCAUGUUCAUACCUUCUCAGAUUAUCUUUAAAUUUUGAGUCUCUUGUAGUAACUUCCUCUUCGCAUUGUGGUCAUGAAGAUGUCAGAGCCAGCUGUCCUGAGGGCAUCAGCUAGUGUCUUUAGGUGGGAAGCUGAUACAUGCUGAGGGUCAUAGUGGUAGUUGGAUGUUAUUUCCCUGUCUCCAUCCAAUCCUCCACGUGAGCAGUGUGCCCUUAAGGAUUUAGCUGGUUUCUAUUUCCCCAAGUUAGACCGUUACUUUAAGAAGAGACAGAACUUACUUUCUUGCCAGCGAGGUUGAAAUAGGUCCUUCUGCUGGAUAAAAGGAAGUUUGUCUGUUUGCGGGAAUAAGGCCUUACUGGUUAACCUUGACGUAUUUAUGAUGAGGAGACCAGAAGCCAAAGACUUCAUAUUUUCUCUCCUCUGACAUCUGCUCAGUAGUCUUUAGUUCUUUGUUUUUGUUUUCCAACAUUUUCUGAAAAAGAACAAUUUUAGACUCAGUUCGUCAGACUUUACAAGAACACACUGGCAAGUUUUGGCCAAAGUGUUAGUCUUUGGGAAAGCUUUCUAUCAUUUUGGCACUGAGAUAUUUAUUGUUUAUUUAUCAGUGACAGAGUUCACUAUAAAUAGUGUUUUUUUUAUAGAAGAUAAUUAUCGGAAGCAGUGCCUUCCAUAAUUAUGACAGUUAUACUGUCGUUUUCUUUUAAUAAAAGCAGCAUCUGCUAAUAAGACAAGACCCACAGAUACUGGAAGUUUUGCACUUACGGUCAGCACUUGCGGGCUUUAGGAGGAAGCCACAAGCCAAACAAAAUAAUACAAUAAGAGCUAGACGAGGAUAUAAUUUCACAAGGGAUUCCUAAUCAAGUUAUACUUUUAAAAAAUACAGUUUCCUUAAGUGCAGUGAGUUUUGGCCAAGUUAAAGAUAAAAUGUCAUUUUAAGGCCGUGGUAGUAUUUAACAUCUGUAAAAUUUUACAGCUCAAUUUAUUCAAGUUGUAACUUAAAAUCAAUUUUGCAAAAUUUCCAGUACCUUUUGUCACAAACUUAACUCGCAUUAUCGGGAGCAGUGUCUUCCAUAAUGUAUAAAAAACAAGGUAGUUUUUGCCUACCACAGUGUUUGUAUCGGAGGCAGUGGUCUCCAUAUGUUACACUAAGGGUGUACAUAAUUAUCGGGAACAGUGUUUCCCAUAAUUUUCUUCAUGCAAUGACAUCUUCAAAGCCUGAAGAUCGUUAGUAUCUAACAUGAAUUCCAAACUUCCUGUAACUCUAUAGUUUUCGUUGCAAAAACAUUUGUGGUCAUAAGCAUUUGGGUAAAUUCAAUUGCUGUACAAUAAAAUCAUUACUUCCAAGAUUUUUUUUUUUAAUGUGGGUGUUAUCUCUGGUUUAUGGAAUAAGAGCAAACAUUUAUAAUGUUUGCUGGAGACAAGUAUAAGUAAAGUGAAUCUCCCUUUAUUUACAUGUUAUUUCCUAAAUGUAGUUCUUGCAAGUUUGAAUUCAUUUUUGGCUUAAAGUAAAGGAAUUUUGUGAGGGUAGGGAGUAGGGAAAAAAGGGUGUUAGGAGACUAAGCUUGCAGAAGGAUCUCUAUGUACCUGCUCAUCAUUGGUGGCUAUAAACUGUAGAUAAUGAACAAGAUCACACUAACAAAGACUAGUUAGAGCCAUCGUGCAUUUAGUCAUCAGUUUUGUGGGGUAGGUCAAGCUGCCACUAAGACUGUCACUAGGGUCUCAAGGUUCUUGACACCACUCACCCAAGUUACGUUGACCACGUUAUUUUUAGCCUCACUGAAUUGUUUUGCUAUUCGGUGUCUUCAAUCUUCACAGUGUCUCUCUUUGUACUGAUUUGAGUAUCACCAUACGUGAGAUUUUAAGGCAUAGGGAUAAAGGGCAUGCAUUUGGCCAUGUAACUCCUUAAAAUAAGCUUUGCUCUAAGGGUUGUUUCCAAUCAAAGCAGUAUGUUGGUAUGGUUUAGUCGGGUAAAAUGUGUAUAUGGUUAUUAAUAGCCUGCUGCUCAUCAGGUUAGUUCUGGUUAAAAUGUAAAUUUUGGAGAUAAUAGAGUAGAGUGAGUUUUUGUCAUGAUUCAGUGCUAGUAUUUGCAUGACCUUUACUGUGUUAGCUUUUAAAUGUCUUUUUUGUUUGUUUGUUUGGACUUGCCAACCUACACUCAGCUUUCUUUGCAGACAUGCCCUUAUAAAUGUAUACAGCCGGUAUAUUACAAUGUGAAGAUUCCUUACCUGACUUAAUAAAAUGCUUGGAUAUACUGA